UUCGGCUCUGUAUCAAAACUUCAAAAGGUGCCAUACUCUUCCCAUAAGCAUCAAUGGCCGAUUUCGCAUCAGAAUACCUGCAGUGUCUCAAGGCCUCAUCGUUCCCCUUCAUGGACACCGAUCCAAGCAUGGAGUUCCUGAGCCACCACUUCAGAGAGAUGAACCCAACUGUCGUGUUGGAUCACUCGAGCUUGACCUUCCAUGAGAACCCAAUGGAUGGCUUUUGCAGCGAGAGCUUGUUCCCUCACCAGGCCCCUGACUUUCCUGGAAACCUGGCGGUCAGCGUCCCUGGACUUUCUCACCCUCAGGAGCCGAACUGUGGGUCUGGCUCUGUCGUUCAGGCUGUCGUGGCCGGUGACGGCGAGCCCCGUAGGAAGAGGAAGGCAUUGGAUGUUUCGCAGAGCAGCUCUGCAAAUUCAUCAGCCCCUGCUCCUUUGGACACUGGAAGGAAGAAAAAGCACAGCAGCAGUAGUUCGGGCAGAGCAAAGAGAAUCAAAGGCAACACUGAGAAGGUGGAGGAGAGGCCGAAGGAAGUGGUUCACGUUAGAGCUAGGAGAGGACAAGCCACUGAUAGCCACAGUUUAGCAGAGAGGGUCAGGAGAAGCAAAAUCAACGAGCGGCUGAGAUGUCUGCAGGAUAUUGUUCCAGGAUGUUACAAGACGAUGGGAUUGGCGGUGAUGUUGGAUGAGAUUAUCAAUUAUGUGCAGUCAUUACAGAAUCAGGUUGAGUUCCUUUCAAUGAAACUUACUGCAGCAAGCACAUUCUAUGACUUCAAUGCCGAGUCCGAUGCUAUCGAAAGUAUGCAGAGAGCAAAGGCAUUUGAGGCAAAAGAGUUGGAGAGGCUCAUCAGAGAAGGACAAGGGAGACAAGCCAAUUUCCACACAACAUGGCACACUUGACCGCAACUUUGGAUGUUACUCCCAACCAUUUUCCAUACAACACAUGAAAAUGUUGGACUUCCUAAUAUUUUCAUUUUCUUUCUUUCUUUCUUUCUUUUCCUUCUUGUCAUGAUUGUUUUCAAAAUCCCCCCUAAUACUGGCAUAGAUGAAAACUUCAAUCUUGUAAUGUUCCCACACAUGAUCAAUGAGAACUAAUGUAUUAUGAGCUCACCAAAUUUGG